AUGUCAAUCCUCGCGGCAGCCUUGCGGCCGUGGACAACUCUGUUUGGACGUGGGUCUGAAGAAGAGCUAGAACAUGCACGGCAGGAGACUCUGCUGGAAACGCCAGAGCCUUCUCCUUCACUCGAACCCGACGAUGAAGUCUAUCCUGUCCACUACUUUGAUGAUACGCUCAUCAACCGGAGCAUGAUCAUGUGCUGGACGAUGAAGUUCGACGAAGUCCUCGAUCCGGCGGCCCUCCACACGGCCUUAGCCCGGGUUCUGGAAAUUGGAGACUGGCGAAAGCUGGGUGGACGGCUGAAGCUGAAUAGCCGAAGGAAGCUUGAAAUUCACGUUCCGGAAAAGUUUACUGAGGAGCGUCCUGCUGUUCGAUACUCCCAUGCCAAGUUCGAGAUCAACAUAGGAGAACAUCCGCUGGCCUCGCAGUUUCCACGAGCAACAGACACACCGUCUCUAAAUCCUGGGCCGGAACACUUCACUUCUCUAGCAAAAGACCCUGCGUCUGCAAACUCCAUCUACGACUACCUGAGAAACGAUGAGCCGCAACUAGCUCUCCACAUCGUCUCAUUCCAAGAUGCGACGAUUGUUUCCCUCUCGUGGCCCCACACCUUGACCGACGCCAUGGGUCGAUAUGCUCUAGUCCAGGCGUGGAGCCAAGUUUUAGCGGGAAAGGAGUCGGAAGUCGUCCCCCUUCUUGGCGCCCGAGAGAAUGUUCUUGAUCCUUUGUACGAAGACGCGGGGCCAGAUGUCGAAGAGGAGCCGUAUGCAUUGGCCGACCAAAUGUUAGGUCCAUGGCAGAUGCUAAUGUUCGUCUUGUAUUUCUUUAUCGAUGUCCUCUGGACGUCUCGAGUCCUUCGAACUAUAGUGCUCCCGCAACCAGCAGUAGCCACUCUGGUCCAGGAAGCGCGGGAUGACGUCUCGAAAAUCCACGUCGAGAGCGGCCCUGCGUUCGUCAGCACAGGCGACGUUCUCACGGCCUGGGCAACCCGUCUGGCAGCCUCAGAAUUGCCGAUGGACUCUGCGCGGCCUGUGAUGAUAGGGACCGUCUUCGAACUUCGCAGCCGACUGAAGUCGCUUUUCCAGAGCGGCGGCGCCUACGUCCAGAAUCUAGUUUUGUCCGCAACCGCAAUCCUGCCGGCCAAAGAGCUUCUGGGAAACAGCCUCGGGUACGUCGCCCUCCGCAUUCGGCAAACAAUCACUGAGCAAACCUCGGAGGCUCAGAUACGGGCACAAGCCCGUCUCAUCCGCGAGUGCUACGAGAAGAAAAGGCACGGCCCCGGAUUCGGAAAGGCGAACAACUUCAUCGUAGUCUUUAGCAAUUGGCUAAAGGGCGACUUCUUUAACAUUGUGGACUUUAGCCCUGCGGUCAUCUCCCCAACCAAGGAGAAGAGCGCCGAUGGGUCGAGCGGGAAGCCAGUGUAUUACCACUGCCAGACGCUCCAGAAGAUGCCGACGUCUAGCAACAUCUUUAACAUUCUGGGAAGAGAUAGGUCGGGAAGUGUCUGGAUGACGGGCUAUCUUCCCCUCUCCGUCUGGACCACCGUUCAAAAAGAGCUAGAUAGGCUGGCAUAA